ACAUUGUGCGAUUUCUCGGGUUGGAUGUGGCUGUAAUAAUUAUAAUAUUUCAUUAUAUUUAUUCUCAAAUAAACAGUUGUGCAAAUUUAUACUUAUUGAAAAUAAGAAACUUAAAAAGUUAUCGCGAUAAUAUCUGUUUGUGCUCGAUUUCGGUUGAAUCGUGGUUUCAGGUAUUUUAUGACAUGAGUUAUCUGACACGCCAUUUUAAGUGAGGAGUUCACGUUUGGUGAUGUCCGUAUAAUGGGAAUCUGGAAGAUUAAAUAAGUUUUCAACAUUAUUUACAUUGGAAAUAGGUACUUCAUUUCUUAUGAAGAAUCGACUUCAUAAGUAGUCUAGUAGCUGGGGUAAAUCGAUAUCGGAUAAUUUAAGAAGUUCAAUUCUUACCUUUACUAUGAUUUAGUACGUUGUUAUGUCUUCGAAUCAGCUGAUGAUAAUAGAUGGUCAACCCACUCAUCAAGUUAUAGUUAACCAGCAGCCAGUAGUAUAUCAGAAAAAUCCAGCUGCUGGAAUUAUAACAAUUCCUCAACCUCAACCCCAAACAUUCUACUACAUGGAUAAUACCAGUAGUGUUCCUGCAGAACUGACACAGACAGAAUCUGUGGAAGUUCAGCCGAUUGUGCUCAAUCACAGGCUAGGUAGUCAGAUUUCCCUGGUUCCCAGACCAGCGAAAUCAUCUAUGGCAGCUCAACAACUAAAUUUUCUGCAGCAAGUUCAGCGUCAAAAUUGUCCAACCAAAAUCAUUAGACCUCCAACGAGUUCAAUCCAUCAUCAUUUGUCCCAUCCUGUUCAACGUCAGGAGCAACAAACACAACACUUUACAACGUCUAGUUCACAGCAUAAACCUCAGGAACACUUUGUUGAUCAAGCUUCCGUUAGUUUAGAGAGACCAAAUUCAAUUUACAGACAACAAAUGAAUCAAUCGAGCCUAAAGAAGGUACAAUCUAAUCCUGUUUUGGAUAUUACUUCAAAAAUGAAUACCAUGCAGAAUAGUAAAGAAGCAGAUCAACAAGAAGUGGUUACCCUUCGUGAUGGAAAUGUCAUUGGUGUUACAGGAUAUAAAGAACUUUUGUUGAAGCAACAACAACAAAGAUUAAACAUUUUGCCAGACCACAACCCCAAAAAAAUAAGAGCACCAAGCCUUAGUAGGCCUCGUCCGAAAUUGACGAACCCAGGAAGCAUGAUGCGAAAUAACAGUUCAAAGUUUAGUCCAAAAAGAGAAAAUUCAACCACAGAGACAGCUGAAGCUUCUAGAGUCAAUCCUCAGGCAAUAUCUACUCCCAGCUACCCAGAAAACUCAACAACCAGAAGAGCUGUACCAGCACAAACCGAAAACAUUAACAGUGUCAGGACAAUUCCAGGAGCACAAUACGCGGGAAAUUUAAACAAUCAGAAGCAGCAACAGCAACAAAUGGUGCAGAAUGCUUCUUCACGCCCAGAGCCACCUCCACAGCAGGUUCCACAGCAACAGCAACAAAGACAAAAUGGUCAUAAUUACAUCAUACAGCCGGCUAGAGUCAGUGCGAACAAAUCUGCCCAGUUUUCACUGCCCAGUUGUGUACCUUCUAGUCAACUACAGAAAAUAAUUGAAAAAACACCCGUUAGUGAGGACUACCCGGAUUCAAUAAGAAUGCUCAUCCUCCUUGCCAACGGAGAACAGAGGUUGAUUACUUUUUCUCUUCCCAAUCAAGCUUGUACGAUACAGGAGAUUUUGGAACAGGUGGGUGUCCCUUUGACACCCGAAACGCCUCUGGAGGUCUCCGAGGCCAAUACGAACGGCAUAAACUACGUUGUAACUGUUGGAUUUCGACUGAGCAAUUCUCAGGGCGAAGAUUCGAACGAAACGUCCGGAAAUCAUCAGGGUGUCGCCGAAUCGCAAACCCAACCCACCCAAACUCCUGCGACGGAGGAUCAGUCGCCCGAGCUCACGAAGGAAGUUGAACAACCUAGGUACAUUGAAGGAAAAAUGGCCGUGUGCGGUUAUUGUGGCUAUUUAUCCGACGAUUUCAACAAGUGCAUGAGGUGUAAAACCAAGCUCCCCGAAAAUGUCAAAGCCAUCACGGCGAAUUCCAAGAAAGUCGAAAACAAGCAACCCCUCGUGAAAAAGGUAGAUCAAAUGAAUUCUCCCAAUACAAACGGAACCAAAGAGCUGACUCAGUCCAAAAAGAAGCCUUCCGCUAGGAGUAAAAACAACGAGAACGAAACAGUCAUCCUCACCCUCAGUUCGGACGAUGAGGACGAUACGGAAAAGUCAUCCGGUCCUAUCAAUGAGAAUAUCCUGCAGAAGCUGGGAGCGUCCGUGACACUAAGUCCCGUCAUCAAGAAGGAACCUUCUAUGAAUGACAUACAGAAGAGCACGUUGAACGUUGACAAUGAUAAGGAUAACGCUUCUGUGGAAAAUUCAAAGAGUGUACUUCUUCAAUGCAGAACUGUGCGCAUUGGAUCCUACAGGACUUUUGCCAAGGAUAGUGUUGUCAUUGAUAGAUCUUCUAUGACUCUGAAAGUUCUCCAUCUCACCACCAAAAACAUAGUGACAUUAACAAUAGAGAGGACCGACAUUGUCAAAGUGUUGAUCUGUUUCCAAAAACAACUGCCCCUCCUUUUCUAUUACUUGAAGCCGUAUAUGGGCAGUACCAUAAGGGAUUUGUUGGGAAUGAAGGAGAAUGACGUGAAUUAUUACGAUCCAUUGUCGGACACUGAAUCGCAUAGAAGACUAACUAUACUCCCUGAAAACAUACCGGACGAAGUGAGGAUGGCGUUGAUAGAGAUUUAUAGACCGUCUAUGAAUGGCAACAAUAUUUUAGAAGAAUUGACCCUGAAAGAAGCCAAUGACAUUCUCAUCAAGACCUGUCCGAAGGAACUAACUCUGGCUCAUGUGCAACCCACUGCUGGAUCAUUAUUUGAAGUCAAACAUUUAUUCACUUAUCCACCAGAAGGAAGAGGAAGGAUAUCCAUUAAUACUGAAGAUUAUAUGUGUUUAGCUUCUGACCAGUUUUUAAAUGAUGUUAUCAUCGACUUUUAUCUUAAAUAUUUAGUGAAUGCAUUGGUUCCCGAAGAACAAGAGAAAAUACAUGUAUUUUCAACGUUUUUCUACAAGAGGUUGACAACAAAACCAGUCAAGGCUUCUAGGAAAAGUCAGCCAGCAGAGCUGGAUCCACUGUUGAGUCCAGCAGAAAAAAGGCACGCGAGGGUGAAAACGUGGACCAAGAACAUCGAUUUGUUUGAAAAGGAUUUUGUGGUAGUCCCAAUCAACGAAAAUUGCCAUUGGUUCUUGGCCAUAAUCUGUUACCCGGGUCUUGAUGGUUGUCAGACGUUUGACGGAAAUCCUAUUAAAAUCGAAAUAGCUCCUAAGAAAAAAAGUCGAACGAAAACAACCAUCGGCAGCGUGACCAUAACUCCUAUGAAAAAAGAGGAACCCCCUUGCGAAGAUCUCGAAAGUGAUAAAGAUGAGGCGGAAGGGGAUGAAAGUGAAUUGGAAAGUGACGAUUCAACGGAUGAUACGCAAAAGGUGACUUCCCACGCUAACAGACCUCCAAUCAAGCAACCCUGUAUAUUGAUAUUUGAUUCGCUUGCUGGCACCGGAAGAAGCAGAGUUGUUGCUACCCUGAGAGACUACCUAACGUGCGAAUAUAAGGCAAAAUAUAACAAGGAGAAAAUUUUCACAAAGGAUGUAAUUAAAGGGGCCUGUCCGAAGGUACCCCAACAAACUAAUUUCACUGAUUGCGGUCUGUAUUUAUUACAGUAUGUGGAACAUUUUUUGAUGGAACCAAUAAAGGAUUAUUACAUUCCAAUAAAUAGUUUGAAAAAUUGGUUUGAUGAGUUAACUGUUACAAGGAAAAGAGAGGAUAUCAGUAUUCUGAUCAAGAAGUUGAUGAUGGACUAUAAUAAGGAUACUGCACUCUUACCAGAUAUAUUAUUCCCCACAAAAAAUGGCACAGUUGUUGAUCAGUUUGCGGAAGACGAAGAAGCAGAGGAGGAAGUGUUUGAUCAUGAAGAAUUCGAGAGUCCACCAGUGGGAAGUGAAACAGAGAUAGAUACUUCAAUGUCGGUACAAGAGGAGGAAAUGACAAAAUCUGAAAGUGCUUCGAUUCAAGCUUCGAGUGAGAGUGCUAGUGAAGAUAAACUAGAUGAAGCCGUUAGUAAUACAGAACUAUUCAAGUCUGAUUUAAGUGAAUUGACAUUACAGAAGCCUCAGAGUAGUAGGGACGCAUUGUCUUAUCUGAAAGCGAAACGUAUUAUUAGGAACAAAAAUUUCGAAGGUCCUAGCUGUAAAAAGACAAAAUUUUCGGAGUAGGUUUUUUAAUUGGUUGACAUUGAUUUAAAUUCUUGAAUUCAUCAACCUUGUUCAAAUUUAUGUUUCAAUGUUUAGAUCAUUUAAUUUGUAAAAUAAAAUUGUUGAAAAUAUUUCUUGAUUUCCUGAAUGAUGCCUAUUUUCAUUUUUAAGCGAGGAGUGUUGAAAAGUUGGCAUUUUAUUAAAUAAGAUUUUAUUCAUUUCUCUUCAUUGUUGUACUCGUAAUAAAAACUCCGAAAUUAGUGGGAAGAAUUUUUACCUAGGCUGUGAUUUGAUAUCUAAGUUUCAACCAAUAUUCAUGGAUCUAUCUUUUUGAUAUCUUGGAGAAUAUAUUAUUUAUCUUGAUGAGAAUUUAUAAUUUCAUUUUCUUCCAGGAAUUGUAGAACGAGUAGACUUCUGACUCGAGCCAGUGCAGAUUUUUUCGCACUUGAUUAUAAAAUAUUGGUGAUGUAUAUGAAGUUUCCCACAUGAAAUCUUAUGAAUACAUUAUUUAACGUAUUUCACUCUUCCUUGAUUGAUCCGAUAGUAAAUUGAAUAACUCUA